UCGUUCCGGCAGCAACAAAAAGUGAUCCGAGUAGCUGAUUUUUAUUAAUUUUAUUAAAAACGCGCACGGAAAAUCGACAAAAACAUGCCUGGGCGCAACGGUAUAGAACUGGUGUUCGUCGGCAAGUGCCACCCAUCGGGGGGGCAGUGAAGAGAAAGCCAUUCAGCGAUUUGUCAACAACCAAAAAAAAAAAAUACUCUGUGCGCUCCGUUCCGUGUGUGUGGUGUUCCCCAAUCGAAGAAAAAGGCGAGAACAAAGAGCCAAAUAGCCAAAAAUAUAGAAGAAAAGUGGCAGGAAAAGUUCUGGGAAAUCUCGCAGCGUGAAGCCUUCACGUCGCCUGUUCUGUGUGUGAGUUCGCGCGUGUGUGUGUGGGUCCGGCCGUCGAUCAAUUAAAAUUCCACUGCGGGCGCAGACCGCUCAAGAAUCAAAUCGAAUUAAACAAAAAAUCAACUAAUAUUUUGGUAUUCAAAUAUUCAAAUCGUAUUCGUAUUCGUAUUCCCAUUCAUCGUCAGCCAGCGAGCGAGCGAAUCUUUUUUUGGGUUUGCAUAAAAUUUGAAUUGUGAUAAAAACCGAAAUAAAUCGAAUACAAAAUGUGAAGAAAAAAGGAAUUAUUUACAUGCUAAAUGAAGAAGUUUUUGUUGGAAAUGCAAAUGUGUAGAAGAAGUUCCUUUUGAACGGAUCUGAUCUGGACGGGGCGUGGAGUGUUCUGUGCGUUUUUUUCGCUUCGCUAGUGAUAAAUAAUACGAUCUGAAACGCAAAUAAAAGGGACGACGUGGAACGAGAGCGAUAGCGAAAGAAAGAAAAGGAAUAACAAAAGUAAAAGAUAAAGAAUCAAAUCAAAAGAAAAGUAAAUCAUUGAUAGCUACGCUUCAGCGAGUCAAGAAACAACGAGAACUUGUACGCAAAACGAAGGACUAAUCGAGUGGGAGAACAAAAGUAACGUUAAUUUCAACCAUAACCAGAGCAAAAGCUCCCGUUAAGCCCACCGAGGAGCAAAGCGGGAGCAAAUUAAAAGCAAAAAAAAAAACACACACAAAAACAGCAAAAGCGACAACCGACAAGCGGGAGCAAUGCAAAGAUAUUUAUCUUUAUUGAGAUCAACAAUCUCAAGAUCAGCAGCGGCAACACCGACAAUAAAGAUAAUAAAACAUCAUAAACCUUCGUAUAAGCACGCCUAAGUAGUUCAUUAUACAGUCCCCACAAUAGAAAUGCAAAUGCAGAAAAGUGCCUAAGAAUAAACAGAAAAAAGAAGCAGCCACAUCAAAAGCCACAAAUGUUGAUUAAAUAAUUUAUUUAUUUAUAUAUCUACUCAUACAAUAUUUUAGUAAAGUGAAUGCCCAGAAAGGAGGGAAGGUAAAACAUACAAAAAUAUUUAUUUACAUACAAAAAUCUUUCCCCUGAUGUGGGAGCGAGAGAAACGAGUGCCUUAGUGUUCGCGAGUGUGCUUAGUGUGCGUGUCUGUGUGUGUGUGUGAGUGAGAGCUGAGCUGAGUAGAGCAGAGUAUUUUGUGAUAUGAGUGGAAAAUACCGCAGAGAGAAGACGCAGCAGCAGCAGCAGCAUCAGCAGAAUGCAUCCAGCGGGGGAGAAAAGGGGCGGUCGCCCCAAUGAUAAAUACACAGCGGAAGCCCUCGAGAGCAUCAAGCAGGAUCUAACACGAUUCGAAGUACAAAAUAAUCAAAGAAAUAAUCAGAAUUACACAGCUCUGCGAUACACAGCCACCAAUGGACGCAAUGAUGCACUUACUCCGGACUAUCAUCAUGUCAAGCCGCCUAUGGAGCCACCUUCAUCGGCGUCCCCGUCGCCGGAUGUGGUCAUCCCCCCGCCACCCGCCAUCGUAGGCGGCCAGUCCGUUGUAGGCGUCGGCGUGGGUGUGGGCGUGGCCCUGCAGACGAAUGGACACGUGCCAAAGAUGAUGAACCCCCUGAUCCCCACGAAACUGAUCCGCAAGGCGAGCAUAGAGCGGGACACCCCGAGCCACUAUCUGCGCUGUAGUCCGGCCCUGGACUCGGGCGCUGGCAGUUCCCGCUCGGACAGCCCGCACUCCCACUCGCACCAGGGGCUCGGCGGAGGAGGAGGCGGCGGUGGGGGUGGCAGCCGGGCCAGCACUACUGGUCCGUAUUCCCCGUCGCCCAGCAGCUUCAGCGAUGCGGCUCCUCCGGCGCCGCCACCACGGAAUCCGACGGCCUCCAGCUCGGCCACGCCCCCGCCGCCACCGCCUACGAAUCAGGCGUACGUGAAGCGAAGGUCGCCGGCUCUGAACCGCCCACCGGCGAUAGCACCACCGCCAGGAGCGCCUGGGACACGUGGCACCUCGCCGGUCAUACCGCAGAACGGGUUAAAGACGCAGCAGCAGCUCUCGCAGCAGAUGAAGGCGCUCAACAUGUACCCAGGCGGAGGCAAUGGUGCUGCGGUGGAGCCACCGCCGCCGUACCUCAUCAAUACGGUGGUGGUGACCAGCAGUCAGCCCCCGCCGCCGCCCAGCUACACGGCCUCGAUGCAGUCCCGCCAGUCGCCGACGCAGUCGCAGCAAUCGGACUACCGCAAGUCCCCCAGCAGCGGCAUCUACUCGGCCACAUCGGCGGGAUCGCCCAGUCCCAUCACCGUGAGCAACAGCAGCGGCAUCCUGCCACCGCCGCCAGUAUCCGCGGGAUCCGUGGGCCUGGCCAAGCCCCAGCCGAGGGCGUACCAAGCGCGCACCCAGCAGCCCAUCAUCAUGCAGAGCGUGAAGAGCACGCAGGUGCAGAAGCCGGUGCUCCAGACGGCAGUGGCGCCCCAGUCGCCCGUCAGUGCCUCCGCCAGCAACAGUCCGGUCCACGUCAUGGCGGCCCCGCCAUCCUAUCCUCAAAAGUCGCCGGCGGUUGUGCAGCAGCAGCAGGCAGCGGCAGCAGCCGCCCAUCAGCACUCGCCGCUCCUGGUGAUUCCGAGCACGGGGUCUGUGGUGGUUGGAUCGUCUGCCGUGAAGCCACCCACGCCCACAACGCCGCCAUUGAUGGGAUCCGCUCUCAACGGAUCGGUGAUUGUCAAGCCCGCCUGCAUGGAGCCGCCCUCCUAUGCCAAGAGCAUGCAGGCCAAGGCUGCCAUUGUGCAUCCGCAGCAGGUCCAGGUGCAACAGCAGCAGCAACAACAGCAGCAGCAGCAGCAACAGCUCCAGACGCUGAGAGCUCUCCAGGCGCAGGCACAAGCUCAGGCACAGGCUCAGGCUCAAGCGCAGGCACAACAGCAACAGCAGCAGCAGCAACAGCAGAAGGCGAGCAAUGGCAAUGCUGGCAGACAGCUACCACCCCCACCACCCUACCAGAGUAGCAACAACAACAACAACGACAGUAAACCCGCCAGCAAUAACAACAACAUUCAGAUAACGAACAGCAACCUUGCCACCACGCCACCAAUACCACCCGCCAAGUACAGCGGAGCGGGAGCGAACAGUUCGGGUGGCAGCAAUGGAUCCGCAUCGACAGCAUCCUCAUCGGGAGCGAAGGCCGCGGCUGCUGCCUGCAAGAAGAUCAAGCAUGCGUCGCCGAUACCCGAACGGAAGAUCUCCAAGGAGAAGGAGGAGGAGCGGAAGGAGGGUCGCAUGCGGCAGUAUUCGCCGCAGGCUUUCAAGUUCUUCAUGGAGCAGCACAUCGAGAACGUGAUUAAGUCGUAUCGCCAGCGCACCUACCGCAAGAACCAGCUGGAGAAGGAAAUGCUGAAGGUGGGGCUACCGGACGAGACGCAGAUCGAGAUGCGGAAGAUGCUUAACCAGAAGGAGAGCAACUACAUCCGCCUCAAGCGGGCCAAGAUGGACAAGAGCAUGUUCGUGAAGAUCAAGCCCAUCGGCGUGGGUGCCUUUGGGGAGGUGACGCUCGUCCGAAAGAUCGACACUUCCAAUCAUCUGUACGCCAUGAAGACGCUACGCAAGGCCGAUGUCCUCAAGCGCAACCAAGUGGCGCAUGUGAAAGCCGAACGUGAUAUCUUGGCCGAGGCCGACAACAACUGGGUCGUGAAGCUCUACUAUAGUUUUCAGGAUAAGGAUAAUUUAUACUUUGUGAUGGAUUACAUACCCGGUGGCGAUCUUAUGUCGCUGCUGAUCAAGUUGGGCAUCUUCGAGGAGGAACUGGCCCGCUUUUACAUUGCGGAAGUCACCUGCGCCGUGGACAGUGUACACAAAAUGGGCUUCAUUCACAGAGACAUCAAACCUGACAACAUACUCAUCGACAGUGUCGGACACAUAAAACUCACCGAUUUUGGUCUAUGCACGGGUUUCCGAUGGACGCAUAACUCAAAGUACUAUCAGGAGAAUGGCAAUCACUCGCGGCAGGACUCGAUGGAACCGUGGGAGGAUUUCUCGGAAAAUGGACCCAAACCCACUGUGCUGGAGCGGCGGCGAAUGCGCGAUCACCAAAGAGUUUUGGCCCACUCGCUGGUGGGAACACCAAACUACAUAGCGCCCGAGGUGCUGGAGCGGAGCGGCUACACGCAGCUGUGCGACUAUUGGAGCGUCGGAGUUAUUCUCUACGAGAUGCUGGUGGGUCAGCCGCCAUUCCUGGCCAAUACUCCACUGGAAACGCAACAGAAGGUUAUAAACUGGGAGAAAACGUUGCACAUACCGCCGCAGGCAGAGCUGUCGCGAGAGGCCACCGAUCUAAUUCGACGGCUGUGUGCAUCGGCGGACAAGCGGCUGGGCAAGAGCGUGGAUGAGGUGAAAAGCCAUGAUUUCUUCAAGGGCAUCGAUUUUGCGGACAUGCGGAAGCAGAAGGCGCCCUUCAUACCCGAGAUCAAGCAUCCCACGGACACGUCCAACUUCGAUCCGGUCGAUCCGGACAAGCUGCGUUCCAACGAUUCGAACAUGAGCAGCGGCGACGACAUCGAGCUGAACGACAGGCAAUUCCAUGGAUUUUUCGAAUUUACCUUUAGGAGAUUCUUCGAUGACAAACAGCAGCCGGAUAUGACGGACGACCAGGGGCCGGUCUACGUCUGAAUCCCAAACCCCGGAACCACCACCAACCCCCAAUCAAUUGUUAGUCAAAUAGUCACAAAGGCGAGCCCGCUGUGUGACGAACAGCCCACAGGAGAAUGAAACUAUAUAGAUUAUAUAAUUUAUAGGAGAAAGUAGAAGGAGAGAAUAGAGGGAACUACACAUAUAAAUACAAAUAUAUCAUAUGCUUGAGUGCAUGAACUGAAUAAAUUUAAAGAGAAAAACUAAAAAAAGAAACGAGAGGGAAAGCGAGAACGAGUCAUAACUUUGGAAAAUAAUUUCUAAACCAUAGAUAUCUGUAUAUAUCUAGGUUCAGCAGUCUAUUAAGCGUGCAAAGAACCUGAAAGAAUUGGAACCAAUUUCUGGUGCUCAAAGCUAAGAAAAGAAACAAGAAUGCCUUAAAACGAGAACUCUACCCUCUAUAUACAUAUACACUGAGCGAAGCGAAUUUACCUAAGCCCAAAUCCACUUUACAACCCAAAACCAGGGGACCAGGCGACCAAUCGAUGGAUGGCAACUAAUUCAGCAGGCUGGUUAGUCCAGGCCAUCACCCACCCAAGCACAGAUUCAGAUUUAGAAUCGACACGGAACAUCAUCGAUUGGCGACCAUAUAAGUUGAGCGAUAGCAAUAUAAGCGGGUCUUAUAAGCCUAAUCUAAUCUAACAGAACCACUCUGCGCUAUUCUAUCUACGAACCCACGCCCAUCUCUGUCACUGCUCAUUAUUGAAAUGUCUUCAAACUUGUGUCCAGCAUCUACAAGAAACCCUACAAAAACAAGAACAAACUAAGAGAUACCUACGUAUAUCUAUAUCUAUUUCUAUAUAUAUUAUAUAUUUACUAUAUCUAAAGCAAUGUUAGACCAACUUGUUGAAUGCCAAAUGAAAUUGUUUAAAUGAAAUAAUGAAAGUAGAGGAAGCAGAAGGAGAAUUCAACACAAAAACGAGCAACGAGAAAGAAUGGAGGAGGAGGAGGAGGAGUUAUUGUAAUAUUGUAAAGCAAACCUACAUUUUAAUCCUUAUACAUAGUUAAACCUUAUAUAUAUAGUCUAUAUGCAAUACAUUUUUAUUUAUGCUAAAGUUGUGUACCGUCUAAGAUGUUUUUUAGUUUAUAGAAGAACCAACCGCCUAACCAUAAUCUAGUUUAAUUCCUAACACAUAAGGCGCGAGAGUACAUCAGUUUUUUUUGUUUGUCGUUUAUCUUAGGCGCUGGAUCAAAGCGCCUGAAAUGUGUAAACGUGUUUCGUUUUCCCCAUUCAAAUUAGCCUCAGUUUGUAUGUGCGUGUGUUUUUUUAUAUGAAUAUCUUCUAUCUAGUUUGUAUUUUAUCUAUCUAAUUAUGUAUGAAUAUGUGUAGUAUAUAAAUAUUAAAUGUGAGAUGAGAAAUCGGGCUAAUUGAAGGGGAAAAUACAAACCAACUCUGUGUGUGCCUUGGCCAAUUAGUUUACUAAAACAAAUUAA